AUGUCUUCGUUCUUUACAGCAUCCGCGGCACACAAGAAAAGGAAACGGGCUCCCGCUGCGGACGUGCCCAAAAAACGAAUUGCAACCUCCAGGCCCUCGAAACCGACUCCUAAAACUCCCUCCAACCCGCCCAAGCCAGCUGUACCGAGGAGACGAGUCGAGCGCGACGAGUCGAUAUCAGGGAGCGAUUCGGAGAGCGAAGACGCCGCUGACGGCUACGGCGCUUCUGAGUCGGAGACGGACUUGGAGAACGAAGGGGAGACGGCGGCCGAGAAGCGGCUAAGACUCGCCGAGAGAUAUCUGGAGAAUGUGCGACAGGAGGUCGACGACACAGGCUUUGAUGCCGAGGAGAUCGAUCGUGACAUAAUAGCUGAGCGUCUCCAAGAAGACGUGGCCGAAGCCAAGGGGAAGGUGUAUCGUACCAUUGCCUCUGAGCUGGCUGUCGGCCAAGCCUCCCAUACCCUCUUCCGCUGCAAUACUCACUCGACAACCUCCGUGGCCACGUGCGCCCCCUAUGUAUACACCGUUUCGAAAGACCGGUAUCUCGUGAAGUGGAAGCUGCAGGAAUUGCCCGCCAACCAAUACCCACGGACUACGAAGAAGAAGCCGAAGAAGCCCCCCGCCCCCCCGCGCCGAAGGCCGACCAAGGUCGCCGCGGUAAAGGGCUAUCAGAGCAAGGCGAAGGAGGACAACUACCAGGGCCACCUGGCAGACAUAUUAUGCGUGGCAGCUUCGCAAGACGGCAAGUUUGUCGUCACGGGGGGGGCCGACAAGCGCCUGAUCGUCUACGACGCCAAAUCGCUUAAACCCCUGCGCGUCUUCACCCACCACCGCGAUGCCGUGACCGGCCUAGCCUUCCGUCGAGGCACAAACCAGCUCUACUCGGCUUCUAAGGACCGCACCGUCAAAAUAUGGAGCUUGGAUGAGCUGGCAUACGUCGAGACUCUGUUCGGCCACCAGGACGAGGUCGUCGACAUCGAUGCGCUAGCGCAGGAGCGAUGUGUGAGCGUCGGCGCCCGAGACCGCACCGCCCGCCUGUGGAAAGUCGUCGAGGAGACUCAGCUGGUUUUCCGCGGUGGGGCGAUCGACAGGAAGCAGAAGCCCGACGUCGACCCGCGGUCCCUGGCCCACGAGGGCAGCAUGGAUCGCGUCGCUAUGAUCGACGACGAGCUCUUCGUUACCGGGAGCGACAACGGGUCGCUGGCCCUCUGGAGCAUACAGAAGAAGAAGCCUCUCUUUGUCCUCCCACAAGCUCACGGGCUCGAGCGGCCGCUUCUGCCCACGCAAGCCUCGGCGGAGGCCUUUCCCGAUCCGAGGGUCGUGCCGCCCCCACAGCCCAGGUGGAUCACCGCGCUGCGGACACUACCGUACUCCGAUCUCAUACUGAGCGGCAGCUGGGACGGGUACGUGAGGGCGUGGAAGCUAAGCGAGGAUAAGAAGAGGAUCGAGCCGGCGGGGGCCUUGGGCGUCCCUGCGCCCGCCGGCUCGGACCCGGACCCCGCCGACAACAAAAGGGAAGCCAAGCGCGCGAACGGGACCAAGAGAGCCCCGGUUGCGGCAGCAGCGGCGGCGGCGGCGACGCCUUGGCUGAUCAAGGGCGUGAUCAACGACAUAUCGGUGUUCGAGCGCGGGGAGCGCGGCAAGGACGGCCUGUGCGUCGUCGUCGGGGUCGGCAAGGAGCACCGGCUCGGCCGGUGGAAGAAGAUCCAAAGCGCGAGGAACGGGGCCGUCGUGUUCGAGGUGGCCCGGACGAAGGAGAAGGCCGAGGCGAAGCCGGAGAGGAAGGCGACGCUAGAGAACGAGGGCGUGAACGGGGCGGAUUAA